GUGAGCCCAGGAGAAUCGUUCAAGUUCAAAGCAAUCUUUGAAUUUUAUAACUAUAAGAGUGUUCAGCAUACUGAAACUGGAAGUCUGUUACUAAAAAGCUUAUAGGUGCAUGUGUGCUUGUCGCGAUGCUGAGGUUCGGAGUGGAAUAUAUGAGGUGGAUUACAGAAAUGGUGGCGUUGUUUUCGGGGACUGUGACGCGACGGAAAUUGGAAACUCGGGAAAUGCAUGCCGUCAGCCCCUGUCUUGUCACCAGUGACGGGAGUUUUAGUUUGAAAGUUCUUGCAAAAAUAAGCGCCCCCAGGUGACGUAAUGUGCCUUCCACGUGUCCUGAGCAUGCGCACAGUCCAUUCACAAAGUACAUGAAGUAAUGGCCACCUUCGUUCACUGACCUGCUGUCUGCAUAAAAGAAACAAAAAUUCACAGAAACAUGUUCAAAAACCUGAAGAAAAAAAUUGCAGAGGAUGCAGCCAAGUCGCCUUUGAAGCCCAACCAACCCAACAAAGAUGGAGAGCAGGGAGGUGCCGGCAAACAGCCCGCUGGUGCUGCCUCACCGGGAAAUGCCACUGCCGACAGAACCCCACCAAGAGACUCGCUCAACUCACGCAGGCCACAGGUAACCCCAGUCAAAUCCAAACCAGAGCCCAAAGCAGAGCCAAAGUCGGAACCCAAGUCACAACCCAAGCCAGAAGCCCAACCGAAAGAUGCUGCAGACGAUGGCCGGCAGGCAGAGAAUGGUGAGGGUCGGGGUCCCUCCCCUGAGGACAGCCCCAGCGUAUCCAUGUCGUCAGCACCGGAGGCUGAGCAGGCCGCCGCUAUGCAGAGGCAACAAGACCAAGGUGCUGACGUAACAAAGGAGAACACGACCCCCCUCCUGAGCACACCCACAAAGGUAGCCUCCCCGAAGUCCUCCGGCCAGCCAGUUGCACCUGUCCCCGAGAGCCCCCUCUUCCCCCAGUACCAGACCCCUGUCAAGAGCUUCCAGGCCCCCUCGGACACGGAAAGCGAGAUGGACGAGCCAGUGGUCAGCCUGGACGCCUUCAGCAAGGAAGAGCUGUUCCAGAAGUUCCGCAAGAUGGAGCGCAGCCUGGCCAAGUACAAGGGGAAGUUUUCGGAGCUUGUCAGAGCAUACAAAGAUUUACAGAAAGAUAAUGACAAAAUCAAGACCAUCAUGACUCAAAGUCAGGACAAAGCUCUUCGCCGGAUCUCAGAACUCAAGGAGGCUGCAGACCUGGAUCGGCAAGCUAAGGCGCACCUUGAAGAGGCCUUCAGGAUGCAACUGGACGAGAAGGAUGAGAUCAUUGGGGUUCUUCAAACUCAGGUUGGCCUUCUGAAGAAAGGCAUCGUACCCGAUGAGCCCAAACCGAGUGAAGAAUCUACAGAUGGAUCCGGAGAGUCCUCAUCAUCUGAGACAGUCAGUGCGCUCAAAGAAAAGGUGAAGAGGCUUGAGGGUCUACUUAACAAGUGCAAGGAUACAAUCCGUAACAAUAAGGAGAAGUCUGCUGCUCUGAUGGCGGAGAAAGACGCCAUGAAGAAACAGCUGGAGGGGAAUGCUAAGGAGUUGGAGCAGCUCAAGGAGCGGCAGUCUGCAGAGCAAGUCAAGUUCUCAGAGCAGCUGAGUCAUGCCAAGAAUCUCCUGGAUCAGGCCAGUGAGGAGAAGGCCCUGGCCAUCGCCGAGACCAAACAACAGAUGCACGGAGAGCUGGAGAGGAGCCAGCAGGAAGGGGCGGAGAACAGGGAGAAGGCUAGGGAGGCGGGGCAAGAGAGGGACGAUCUGAGGCAGAAGCUCAGCGAGGCAGAGAAAACAGGCAUGACUCCCUCCCCAUCUCCAUCCCCUUCCCCGAUUGGACAGGAACACUUUUUCCCCUCCGAAUCUGGGCAAUCACCAGUCUCGCACAAGGCCAGACACCUGCAACAAAUCAGAGAGGCUAGGAGGACAGUUCUUGAAUUGCGCCAGCAGCUGGAAGCCACCGAGAAACGAGGAGAGGAGGAGAGGCAGAGCCUAGCCCAGGAGCUGUCCAGAGGGAAACAGGCCGUUAUCUCGCUAGUGCAGGAGGAGAAGGAGACGAUGAGAAAAGAACUGGAGAAGAUGAAGGAGGAUGCUGUAGUCGAGAGGAACAGCCACUGGGAGGGCAUCCUGAGGCAGAAACAGCAAGAGCACGAGGAUGCCAUGGCAACCAAAGAGAAGGAAUUCCAGAUGAACAUGCAGUUGAGGGAAGAUGAGCAGAAGAGGAUCCUCAAGGAGAAACAGACGGAGAUGAUGAUGGCCAUUGAGGAGAGAGAGUUGCAAAAGAUGGCAGCCGUCAGUGCUCAAGACAGCCAGAAGGAUGAGCUGCAACGUACCAUCGAUGCCAUGACAACGGAAAAGCUUGAGAUGGAAGCCAGCAUACAACAGUUGAAAGACAUGCUCGAAACUGAGAAAGUGGCAGCUCGUAAUAAGAUUGAAGAAAUAGUUAAGCGCAGCCGUACAGCCAUUUCUAACAAUAAAGAGAAACAUGAGAAGGCCAUUGAAGAGCUCACAGCAGUACAUCAGGAGGAGCUUACGACAAGGUUAGAAGAGCUGAGGCAAGAGCAGAGGUCAUAUGUUGAUGGCAUGAAGAGGCGGCAUGACGAGGACUUUGAGACAAUCAAUAGGGAUGCCGAUGCCCGCUACAGUGCCAAGGUUGAUGAAUUGAAUCAGAAUCAUCAGAAGAUUGUCCAGGAGAAAAUUGACCAAUUGCAGAAACUGGCAGCCAAGGCCUCUGAGAUGAAGCAGCGAAUCCAAGACCUGAAUGGAGAAACACAGAAGAAGAAAGAAAUGAUAGAAUCGUUGGAGGAGAAGAUCAGGAUGGGAGAAUUAGCAAGGACAGAGGAUGCUGGAGAACAAGCCAAAAGACUUGAAGAAUAUAGUGUGCAGAUGGCAGACUUGAAGCAAGUCAAUGCUGAACUUCAGGACCGCUUCGAUCAGAAAGUUAAGGAGGCUGAAGCUCGGAGUGCUGGACUGGAAGAGCAGAUGAAGGGAGCAGCUGAAAAUCAUCUUAAAGACCUCAAAGAUAAAGAGAAUGAAAUCCAGAAGUCUCUCUCUGAAAUUGAAGAUCUGAAGCAUAAGAAUGAGGCUUUGAACAGAGAUGUGGAAGCUAAGAUUAAAGACCAUGAGAAUAAGACAGCAGAGUUUGAACGGAAGAUGCAGUUCCAGCAAGAGAAUCAUGAAAAGGAGUUGGCACGAAGGUUGGAAACCUUGGAAAUCCAGAAACAGAGCUCAGCUGAUGAGUUCGCCAACCAGCUGAGUAACAAGCUGUCAGAGGCAAAUAGUACUGUUGCUGAGCAAGAGAAAACAAUCCAGGACCUGCAGCUUAGAGAGAAAGACUUACAGAACUCUUUGGAGGCUCUGAAACUCAAACUUGAUGGUGAUCUUGCUGCUGUUAACGAGAGCUUACAAUUGGAAAGGCAGAAGCAUACCGAACAGUUGGGCAGAAUAAAUGCAGCCUUACAAGAAGUGAACUCACACAAUGAAAAGUACUCUGAGGAAAUCCAGGCUCUAAGGAAAACUCUUCAGGAAAAAGAAGCCUUCUCCUGUGGUCUGCAAGAUCAACUGUCUUCCAGUCAAGCGGAAAAGACAAGACUAGAGAAUGAUCACAGUGAGACUACUCGGCAACUGCAAGCAGAGCUUGAUUCUAAGGCAUCCAGAGUGGCUGAACUUGAAAAUCAGGUUUCAGAAAUACAGGAAAAUGUAGAAACAAGGCAGCAUGAGCACGAGGAGGCAAAUAACAAACUGGAAUCUCUCCUAAAUGAAAGAUUAUCACAACUCAAAAGUAAGGACGACGAAGUAGAGAAACUAUUGGCUGACUUAGAAGCGAUUAGAAGGACCAGUGAGGAAACUAUUUCAAAUUUAGAAAGACUCUGUAAUGAAAAGGAAAGCCUAUGUGAGUCGCUUAAACUGCAGCUCACUGAAAAUGAUUCUAGACAUAAAGAAGCAGUGGCUCAGCUUGAAUCGAGUUUUGAAGACAGACUACAGGAAGAAAGACUCAACCAUGAGAAGGAUUUAGAGAGGAGACUAGAGUCAGUUGAGAUUCAGAAACAGAGUUCAGUUGAUGAGGUAACAGGAAAGCUAGGGCAGCAACUCACAGAAGCUUUUGAUGAGAUAAGUAAGAGGGAGACAUUCAUCCAGGAUCUUAAGUCCAGCUCAAAUUCUCUCGAGAAAAGUCUCGAUGAGCUCAAAAGUGACCAUGAAGCCAUUGUGGUCAAGUUGCAGGCAAAGGAAGCUGAAUUGGCAAACUUCCAAGCAGAGAACGACAGCCAAGUUAAAGAAUCUAGACACAGGGAAACUGAAUUGUCCACAGUCCUAGAUAACUUGAGAAAGGACUUUGAUGAGAAGACUGAGGAGCUGGAAAGAGUGAAGUCGGAUUUACAAGCAGAAAUAGCACAGCUUCAGGAUUCUCACUCCAAAGAACUUUCCCAGUUCUCUGAUGAAAGGAACGCCCUGAGAACUGAGCUUGAUACCUUGAACUCUCGGUUUGAAACCAAAGAGGUGGAGCUCCAGCAGUUACAGAAGUCACAUGAAAACCUGUGGGAAGAGGAGAAAAAACUUCAAGAGAAGUUGGCUUACAUGGCUACACUUGAAAGUGAGAUGCAACAGAAGUCUGGGCAGUCUGAGACUCUCAGCGCUAGGCUGGAGGAACAGGAGAGACAGCUUGAGAGUCUCAGACAAGAUGCUGAAGAAAAGUCCGCUCAGCUCUCAGAAAAAGAUAACCAUGUAAGGGAGUUGAGGGAAUUAGAGUCAGUCUUGUCAUCAGAGGUGAAGGCUCUCCAAGAAGAGCUGACACAGAUAAAAUCUGAAGCUUCAGAGAGAGCAGAACUUGCAUCCAAGCUGGAACAGAAGCUGAGACAGUUACAAGAUAGCGAAGCGUCUCUCAAAGCAGAGAUUGAAAACAAAACUCAAGCCCAUGAAGCCCUCACCCUCCAGCUUCAAAACAAGAAUUCUGAGCUGCAGGAUCUUGUGAAGGAACACAGUGACAAAUUCGAGAAGCUAACAGAGACGCACAAGACCCAGAUGUCUGAGUUGAAAAAUCAGGCAAAAUCAAAGAUAACCACCGUCAAAAAGCACUAUGAGGAUCUACAAGAGAAGAACAAAGAAAAGUUGGCGGAGUUCAAAGCAGCACAAGAAGAGAAAAGCAGACACAUGCAAGAGGAGUUUGAAGAAAGUAAAAGGGCACUGAGAGAGAAGGUAGAGUCAGACAGAUCAGAGCUUAGCAACCAGCAUGCAGACAAAGUUUCCCUCCUAGAAUCCAAGAUUUUAUCGCUUCAAGAAACCAUACAUGAGCUCCAGGAAGAGAAUGAGGGAAAGAUGUCAACUGUUGCAAAGAAUCACCAGGACGAAGUGGAGAGACUAUGCAAGCAAGCUGAAGAGAGACUAAGUCAGAAGGAGACAGAUUUCCAGAAUCAGCUGUCAGAAAUUAUCAAAGAGAAGGAAGUGGGUGCCGAAGAUGUUAUGUCAAAGCUUCAUGAUACACACCAGGAACAGAUCGAGCGUCUCACACAAGAGCAUCAAGAAGCACUGAAGAGGGAGCAGGAAACUCACAAAAAGCAGAUGAUUGAUUUCCGUGAUCAAGCCAAGGCCAAAAUUGCUUCUCUCAAAUCUCAAAUAGAGCAGUUAAAGAAGGAACAGGAAGAAAUAAACGAGGAACAACAAAAGAAAGUUACAGAGUCUCUUCAACGUUCUUCAAGUGAUCACUCCGCCGAGAUCCAAAAUCUGAAGAAAAUCCAUGCAGAGGAACUUGAAAACACGGCCAAAAAAUACACAGAUAGGUUGGAAGAGUUGGAUCAAGAGUCCAGGAGAAAAGAUGAUGAAUUUAAACAAGAGUUGGAUGACACUGUCUUAAGAUUAGAGCAGGAAAAAGCUGCCGAGACUGAAAAGUUGAGGGAGAACAUUUACUCUUUGCAGAAGGAACACCAAGAGAGCCUUGCUCUGGAGGAGAAGAAGACUACAGAGAUUAUCGAAAAACUAGAAAAGUGCCACAAGGAGGAGUUGGAAAUGAACAACAAGGACUUGAAGAGGAACAUGGAGCAGCUGGAACAGCAGCACUUUGAGAUGGUAGAGGCUAUGCAGAAACAGUUCGAGGGGUCAACACGGCAAGAGGGAUCCAGGUACAAGCAGCAGAUCCAACAGAUGGAGAUUGAACAUCAGCAAAAGAUCGACGAGUUGAUCGACACCGACUUGGAGAUGCAGGUCAAGCUGAAGGCGGCAGAGGAACAGAUUGCCCUUAUGGAAAAACAAACGCAGGACUUGCUGGUACUUCACAAGGAGAAGUCAACAGCUCUUGAAACCGAAGUCGGUUCCCUGAUGGCCAACUAUGAUUCUGAGAGACAGAAGCUGGUUGAUGAACUUGAGGACACCAAGACACAGUUGAAGGAAGAGCGGGAGAAACUGUCAGCACAGAGUGAUAGCAAAAACAGGGACCUUGAGCGAAUUAAUGAAUUGAUUCAACUCUGCGACCGGAAGGACAACAGGAUCAGUGAAUUUGAAGAGGAGUUCAAACAGCGAGGGGAGAAGGUUGAAGAGCUGGAACAGUUAAGGUCCACUGCUGAAAGUGCCCAAAGCAAGGCAGCGGAGAGAAUAUCAGAUUUAGAGCAGUUAUGCUCAAACAAAGAUAAUCGGAUUGCAGAGUUGAUCGAGGAAUUGAAGAAGGAAACGGCUAAGGUUGUGGAGGAGCAAGAGGCAAGAUUGUCAAUGGAAAAUGACUCAAAGGAAAAGGAAUCUGAGAGGAUUAAAGAGCUAAAAGAAGUCUGUAAUGCCAAAGACAACCAAAUCAGCGAGAUGGAAGAAACUCUGAAGCAAGAAGUUGAGAAGGCAAAGGAGGAAACCAAGCAGAGAGUAGCAGAUUUGAAAAAGAAAGCAGAAGGAAGACUGGGAGAGAUAAAGAAACAGUAUCAUGAUGAUUUGGCAACCAGAAAGAAGCAAUUUGAUGCAAUUGAAGAACGAUGCAGAGCUCUAACCAACGAGCUGGCCGCCGCUAAGUCCUCCCACCUGGAAGAGAUCUCAGCUCUGGAGGAGCAGAUCAACACCUUAAGAGCAGCCCAUGAACUUGAGGUGUUGACACUCAAUCAAGAGUUAACACAGGAACGCGAGAAGAUCCAGGUUGCAAGCACCCAACCGGUCGAGGAAACCAUCAUGGUUGCCAGGGAGGGGAUGCUUGGGGCUGCUCCUCCUUCAGGAGAUGGAGAAAAGAUUGAUGAGGUGGCAAGGAGGAGGGCAGAAGAACUGGAAGAGAAACUGAUAAGAACCAAGGAGCAUUGGGAGAAAGAAAUUAACCUACUUAAGCAAGAACACAAGAUUGAAGUGGACAAGCGAAGUAAAGAAAAUGAGAAGAGAUUUGAGAGCCUCCAAAGGGAGUAUGAGAAAAAGCUGGAGGAGCAGGAGGCGGAGCAUCACUCCAAGAUUAAGCACAUGGUGAGGGAGAUGACGACCAAGAUGGCAACUAAGGAACAAGAGACGGAGAAGGCCCUCCAAGAGGCCAUCUAUAAAGGUCAGAACAUAGAACAGCGUAUUGAGAAGGAACACCGAGACAUGGUCAGGGAACUGCAGCGAGAGAACGACGAGCAGGCAAGAGAACUGGAAAACAUCAACGACAGGCACAAGGAAGAAAUCGCUGAGUGUCGGGAAGAGAUCAAGCAGGCGAAGCAGACCUAUGAGUCGCGCAUCGCCCAGCUGAACGUUGACCACAAGGCCCAGCUGAAUGAGAUGGAGUUCCGGCUGGAACACCAGGAGUCUACCCAUCAGAAUGAGCUCUCAGACCUGGAGGCUCGACUCAGGAAGGAGUUUGCUGCCCACCAGCAGAUGCAUAGCAUAGGAAAACAGGAAAGCAAAGAGGUGGGCUCAGUUGAGUCUCUAGAUCCCCUCUUAGCUAAUGCCGAAACCUUAAAUCCGCAGGAGCUGGAACAAAACAAUAUCAUACUAAAGGCUGAAGUCCAACAGCAGAGGGCCCAGCUGGCCCAACUCCAACUGAGAGAAAAGCAGCUGAUGGAUGAAAACAGCACCCUCAGGGGAUCAGAAUCAGGGUCACCAUUAGCAUCUGCCAACAGUACUCCCAGCAAGCACAAGACAAUCACCUUAUCAGAACCCACGCAGAUUGAGUAUUUAAAGAAUGUGCUGUAUCAGUACAUGAUGGGUCGGGAAACCAAGACGAUGGCCAAGGUGAUAGCAGCUGUAGUGAAGUUUUCCAAGGAGCAGACGGAGGAUAUUAUAGCCCAGGAGGAAAAGAAGAGCACCAACUUGCCACCUAGUAGUUUGCUAGUGGGCGAGCGUCUCUGUCAUUAUGACAUGGACGCCUCAUGUCCCCCUGAUGGUAAAUUUAGUUACUCAGCUACAGAGAGUGGUAUUACUCACGACCUCCAAGCUAUCUCACAAUGCAAUAUUUAUCAACCAGAAUCGUUGGGGCCCAGCUCGCUUCAAAAGUUCCCGCCGGACUUCGUGUCUCGGCACCGCCGCCGCCUGCCCAGUAUCCCAUCGUGCCACUCCUUCCCAGAGACCAACUCGCUGCCCGAGUACGCGGAAUCCACCUCUGCGCCCGAUCAGACCGAGACCAGUUCCCUGACCGACUACCUCGAUGUGGACUCCCUGCAUGACUACAUGGGCAUGGGGUCGUCCGAUGAGGAGGACGAAUCAGGCAUCAUAAACCAACCUCCCAGGAGACCUGCUCCGAAUGCCAAGAGGGUCGAGGUGCCAUCGCAGCUCACCACCUACCUGUUUGGCAAGUACUGUGGAGAGGAAUUAGGAAAGGAGACAAGUGUUUAAAGUUCCCCAUUUUAUUAUGAGAAAUCUGUUGAAGAACAAGUUGAAAAUGCCUUCUGAAGCAAAUUUGAAAAGGAAAUUCAAAAAUAGGUGAGACGUCUGCUUGAAGUAUUGGUAGCCAGUGGAAACACGUUGUGUGUGACAUGUUAGCAAUGUGUCUAACUUUGUCUUCUUGCUAUUUGGUAACGAAGCAAGAUUGUUGAUCUUCAGUUUUCAUAGUCAAAACAAGAAACCAUUUCUGCAUGAAAAGUAUGACACUUCAUAGAGCUUACCCAAGUAUGCUUUUUUAUCUUGGGUAACACACAUCAACUUGUUAAAUGCUUCCUAAAGUACAUAUCCAGGCAUGCACACUUGUCCACACUUGGGUGGCUUAAUUUCAACUGAAUGUGCACAAAAACCAUAAAGUAAUGCAUUUGAGCAUUUACUCACAUUGGAAGUGGCACCCGGGUGUCCUACACUAAAAAGUGAUGCACUGUAUUUUGGAGGGCUUAGAUAUUCCGUGGAUUCCGUGUCAUUCGGACCGAGAAUCAUAUCAAGCAAAAUAACUUCUUAGCGUUAUUGAAGGGAAAUUGCCACUAGGUUACAUGUAGGUGCUUUUUAAUAAAGAAAGAAAAGGCUUACUAAUGUUAAAGAAUAUAUGCAAACAGAACAAUUGCUCGUGGAAUAGUUGCCAAACUGUCGCUUAUAAAAUGUAUGUAAGCUAAAAAAAAUAUUGUCCAAGGUCAAGUGUGCCUUGCAAAAUGUAAAAGCAAAGGUCUAAAAUGUAUUCAGGGCUUACUGUUUUCUGAUGUUUAAAACUGGUAAUAUGGAAUUAUCGUCGGUACGUGUGGGAAAUUAGAGAUAGGCAUACAAGUAACUAUAACCAAGUGGUAACUGUGACUAUUUGCAAAUCCGACUAUAGACCUGCAUUAACCCUAGCAGUCCUCAAUCCUUCACCUGUUGGAGGACUGAGGACUGUUAGGGUUAAGGUCAUAAAUUUGCCACAAUUGUACUAUUACAUGUAUAUUCUCCCACUUUUCGAGGUAGUCCCGAAACGUCUCACAAAAUUUACUUUCUUUUCAAACCUCUCUCAGAAUUCAGCGAUUAUGAAUAAAGCUGUCAUUGUUUCAGGGGUUAUAAAUGACAGGAUUCUUUAAUAGCCGCUGAAGUGGUCGUUGAAAUUGUACAGUUGACCUGGCAACUAUGUUUUGCAUUCGGUCAUGUUUAAUGUGGCAUUUCUGUUUACUUCUUUAAAUCGGACGUCGUAUUACGGUUAGCGAUUGCCAUGUUAAACUGGGGAAAUAAUGAUUAAGUUUAGUGGCCUUUGGGAGAGCAGAAUGAGCAUCGUUAGCUGCAUUUUGGACUUUACAGUGGAAAAGGAUAUACAACGAGUAUCUGUCUGGAAGAAUAGUUUAGGUUUGAUUUGAUAUUGGAAGUUGUUUUUUCCAAAAAGUAUAUAUUUUUAAUACUUAUCCUAUUCAUUCAUUAUCAACAAGCAAGUCUUCCUGAAUGAGUUACAGUGUAACAGCCAAAUUCGGAUUAAUUGGCAUAGGAAUAUUGUGAGUAGAUUGCCGGAUUCUUGCGUUUUCUUGCUACGUCAGUUCAAGAAGAGUCUGUGCCAAAUGGCCGUAGUAUUGUUACAAAAAUUUGGCGGGUCGGCAGACGCUACCAGUAAAACAUCAGAGCAUGCGGCUGUUUUAUGUAGAGAUAAUUUCCUUUUUUAGUACGUUGCUCCAUUGGAUUUGUUUCUACUAUGAAUAGAUGCUAAGUAUUCAAUUAUGAUUGUAUUUAUAGCUUUUAUGACCAUGCCGAGCAAAGAUUUUUGAGAUUCCGAGGUUGUAAUCUUUGAAACAUAUUGUCCAAUUUAGCACUCGGUUUUAAGCACUGAUUUCCGGUUAUAAGUACAAUUUGAUGUACGUAAACGUCUAUCUUAAGGCGCACACAAUGUAUAUAGCUUGAUCGUUCGCAAUCACAAGAUGGUAAGUGUUGUCGGAUCUGGAAGCGCCAUUUUGAUGGCAGAAUUUAUAGCAUUUAAUUUCGAGAGGUACUAGGUGACACGUGUCCUUUGGGAGUUCUGAUAGUUCUGAAAUCAGUGCUGGAAUGGGUUGUUGGAUGAAUUCGAGUAAUGUAAAUCAUUCCUUUAUGUGAAUUUGUCACUUUAAUUGUACAUAAGGAGAAUUUGUGACGAUAUUUAAGUAGAUGAUUCAAGUUCAAAUCAAUCAUAUUGGAAAGUAUAAAGGUAAAAUAUCGCAGGUCCUUUUUUACAUUGUCAGAGUUGUAUGUAUGUUUUGCUAUGGCAAUUUUGUAGUGACGAUGGAUUCGAAGUUCUUUAGAACAUUAUUGUUUCGAUGCUGCGAUUAAUCGAUUAAGUUGUGCUUUUAUUUGCCUUGUAGAAAUUCUCUUUCGCGAGUACCUUGGUGCUCAAAGCAAUUAGGGAGCGAAUUUGUAGUAGUUUGUUUGUUUUGUUUUGUUUUUUGUUUCCUCGUAUGGGUUUUUGAAUCGUUUGGUUAUCUUCUAUUUGAUUUUGUUCUGGAUGGUUUGUAAGUUUUGUUCUUUUGUCUAAGAUUCCACGUGGGUGUGUAUCUUGUCUGGAUGUCUGUAUAUUGUCAUGUUUUUGUUUGUUUUGUGCUGUUUGUUCCUUGUAGGUUACAAUUUUUGUUGUGUAUCCGGUUUAUUAGUUUUCUUCUGUUGUGAACACCCUGCCGACAAACACUUACCAUUCCUUGCUAAUAUUCAAUGGGAAGUUGCACUGAUUUCUUGAUGAAUGUUGCACAACGAAAAUCAUGUGUGUCUGAAGAGCUUCGGCGGUUCUUGUGCUCGUUCCGUAUAAUGUUCUCUACCAUUCACUCAGCGUAACCUGUCCUGGUGGUAUUCCUGUGAUAUGGUAGUUCUAGAAUGGACAAGUAACAGUCUUAAAAAUGGAAUAAAGCGAUAUGUAUUAAAUGUAAAGCUGAAAUAA